AUGGUGAACCACCUGGUGAGGCCCGGCAAUGGGCUUGUCCCCAUUGCGCCCACCCCCGUCCAAGCAGAUCCGCUCAAAUGCAAUGAGACGAAGUCAGGGAAGCCGGCCAUGUCCUACUCAUGCCAGACAUGUGCAAGACGUAAAGUCAAAUGUGAUAAGAUCGGCCCCGUCUGCUCGCGCUGUCGUAAGGGAGGGUAUCCCUGUAGCUUUGAAGCCCCCCAGCCGAAGCCUCGAAAGCGAAAGCUGGAUGAGGUGUUGGAGAAGAUGGCUCACUAUGAAUGUCUUCUGAAGGAACAUGGCUUGCUUGAUGCGGGAGUGGGAUAUCAACAAAAAGAAAGUCCGCUCACACGGAAUGAAAAGGGUAGUCCUCCCGGUCCUGCCAGUCCGAUUUCGUCGAAAACAGGCAGACUUCUCACUGGACCAGGCAGAUCGAGGUAUAUCGACAGUCAUAUGUGGCUUAACCUGGAGGACGAGGAAAUCCGGCACAUAUCGACAGAUAAAGAUGAGGACGAGGAUGAGCACGAGGGAGCAAUGACUACGAAUCCAGUGUGGUCGGAAGCCAAUCCGCAAGAUCCAUUGACGGGUGCCUUUCUUGGGUAUCAGAAAAGUAUCUCGUACUUUCACCCUAGUCAUAUGGAUGCGAUGCAAUUAUGGGAGACAUAUGUACGGAAUGUGGAGCCUAUCUGCAAGAUUCUACACGUUCCGUCGACUCGCAAAAUGGUCGAUGCCAUCUCGCAGGAGCCUGAGAUCGCCACCAAAGCAGAGGAGUGCUUGCUCUUCUCCAUCUACCAUUGUGCAAUCUUCUCAAUUACGGACGAAGAUUGCAAAGCCCGAUUCCAUCAAAAUCGAUCAGAUAUGAUGAAGUUGUUUCACGCUGCUGUACGUCAAGCCCUUGUGAAUGCCUCUUUUCUGAGGACGACCGAAAUCGCGGUUCUACAAGCUCUCCAUUUGUACCUCUUAUCAAGUCGUGACGCGCACGAUCCCCACACAUAUUGGAUUCUCACUGGAGUAUCGGCCCGUGUUGGUCAAAGGAUAGGCCUUCAUCGUGAUGGAGAAGGUCUGGGUCUGCCACCCUUUGAAGUUGAAACAAGACGUCGACUAUUCUAUCAGAUCUUUCCCCAUGAUUCCCGAGCCGGCCAGUCAGCUGGGAUUGACAAUAUCAGCCUGCCUCAAGGCUGGGACACCAAACCGCCCCUCAAUAUCAACGAUGACCAAAUCUGGCCUGAGAUGUCUGAAAAGCCCGUCGAGCAAAUUGGCGCGACGGACAUGAUCUUCUGCCUAUCUCGCGCAUACAUGGGGAAACGGCUUGCGGGAGCAGGUGCGCUUAUGAGCACGGCAGAUUCGUGGUCAUCGUCCGAUUACCAAAAAGCCGAGAAGGUGAUAUUGGCCGCAGAAAGUGAGGUAGAGGAAAAAUUCAUCCGCUAUUGUGAUAUGGUGAAUCCUUUACACUUUCUGACCAUCGGACUUGCUCGGUCCGGCAUGACGGCCAUGAGGCUCAAAUUCCAAUUGCCUAAACUACGAAAGCACACUGCGACCGACGAAGAGAGAAAAGCGAUCUUUCAACUGGCGCGGAAGAACUUGGACACUGAUGCUGCAGUCCAUUCGCAUGGUGGAAUAAGCAGGUUCCAGUGGCACACAAAACCCUUCUUUUUGUGGGGCACUCGAGAUUCAAUGGUCGUUGUAUUGAUGACCCUCCUGAAGUGGAGAGAUUUGCUCUCGCAGGACCAAAUCGAGGCCGCCUGGACCAGUGUAGCCGAACUAUACCAUCAUCAUGAAGAGCUCUUUGACAGUCGACAAGCCCUCAGUGUCGCCAUGGGGCGUCUCGCAGUGAGAGCUUGGGACUCAUGGAGGCCCAGUGAUCAUCCUCCUGAACCAGAAUUCAUCAGCAAACUGCGGACCUGGAGAAAAGCUCCGAGGCGCAGUCAACAACUUUGUGAUGUCCCAACACACUCCGAAACAGUACCAUCACUCCCAAACCCUCAAUGUUCUGCGUCCGCUUUUCCAGAUCUAGAUGAAUUUAAUGGUGUUCAGGAUCUUGAUGUUGAUUUUAAUAUUGACGAUUGGGUAUCCUGGGACCAACUGUUGAGAGAUCAUCGCAACUGA